UACGUGAAACUGUCUCGUUUCGCUCUCAUCACUCCGUUGAGUUUCGAGCUUCAGCCGCCCGCAAAGUCCGGGACGAACAGCUCCAUCUGUGUGUCGCGACACAUAAUGGGAUGCCUGUGCCGUUCGUUGUAGACUGAGAAAAUUUUAAGAGAUGGUGCUGAACGAGAAAUAUUGAGGUCUCGCUGAAUAGGUACGUGAAUUAUAGAAGCAGGUAUUUCCGCAAUUCGCGUGCACGUUCGACCGGCCGUGCAGCCGGAGCUGCGCGACGCGGUGCGCUGGUUCCAAUCGUGGCGUCAUUCCCCGAUCGACCAGCGAGCUCGCCCGCUCGCGACGUAAUCCGCGCAAAUAUUAAUUCAUCCGGCUCCGUUCUUCGCGCUCGCGAGUCGCACGGUGUCCGCGUUUUCGCCUCCCCGGUCGCGCUGGCGACUGAGAGGAUGCGGAGAGGAUAUUCCGCGCGGCCAAGUACCACACUGCGCGGAGAGCCGAGAUAACGUGAAGUACGUUACUGCGAAUUGUGUAUGUACGUUGCCAAGGCUGUUACCGGCCUUGAAAAAUGGGCGAGGAUGAGAGAGACUGGCCGCUCUAUACACGCGUCCACGGAGUCUCCUCGAGCUAUCCUGCGAUCCCCGAGAUCGCAGAGAUAGACUUGGCGUUGUUGAUAUACUCCGUUGGAGAUAAUAUUGUAAUUUGCAAAAUUUUUCGAGGGAAUAAAAAGUGCUAGAAAAAUUGAGAACGCUAGGUGGAAAUUGAAUUGACAGUGAUUUCUUGUUUAGUCGGCUCCGGAAUAAUAUUCUUUUCUCAUUCCUUUUCUGUAUCUUUAUUUAUUAAUAUGCAAUGUGUAUACACUGUAGAUUGUACUUAAUAUAAUUUUAAUACCAUGUAUAACAUUGUUUUAUUAUUUCUGAGUAUUUUGUAUGGGUAUUUUCUUGGUAUGUUUUAUGCUACGUUGAUCUGAUCUGACGAUACACCUGCUAAUUUUAUAUGUAUAUAAUUUUACAUGUACAUAAUGUGUACUUAUAUAUAUAUGAGAUAGAUGAAUAAUCUAUAUAAUUGUAAAAUUAAAUAUUCAGACUGCAUUUAUGUAUUUAAUUAAUUUAAUAAGAUUACGUUCUAUGGAUAACCAAAAUUUAGAGUUUUUAUAUCUAUAAAUAUUCUUAUAUAUAUUUAUGUAUGAUAUAUAGAUAUAAUUAUAAAUUUAUAUCUUAUCACAAUUUUCAAUUUUUCUAUGGAAUUAAAUUAUAGAAGCUUUUUUAUUACAGUAAGUGGAGUAUUUCAUGUACAACAGUUUGCUGAUUUAACUUUAACUUACUAUUUAUUUGCUAUGGCCAAAGAGGAAGGAAGAAAAAUAGUACUUAGAAAGAUACUCUUUAUCAGUUCACAAUGGAGUCAGGAGUAAAUCAAGAAAAACCUCCAAAAGGAUUGAAACAGGUGAAGGUGGAUAACUGGGGAACAUUUUUUCUCCAACGACUUCAGCAAAUGUACUUUGAGGGACAAUUUGUCGAUCUUAAAAUUAAGUUCCCUACAAAUGGUAUUAUUGUACAGGCUCAUCGACUCGUAGUAACAACGUGUACAGAUUAUUUUAUACAACUUGAGCAGGAACAAAAAGAGAAAGAUGAGGAGAGCUUUGAUGGUAUACUCAUGCCUUCAGACAUGCCUUACGAAUGCGUUAAGUCUAUUAUAACUUUUAUGUACACCGGACAACUGGAAUACUGGACAUCCGAGCAGCAUGCCUUAUACCGUACGGCGGAAAAAAUGAACAUGACAGUGUUGACGAAACUGCUCGACGCACAGUUCAAUUCGAGCAGCUCGUCGACCGACACGGGGGCGAAAACGUCCCCGCGUCCAAUUGCAGCUGCCGCCGCCGCCGCGACAAAACCUGCCGCGACCGCGACUCCAAAAUUGGUCGCCAGUUCUACGACCUCGGCGUCGACGUUACCUGGACAGCCGUUGCCUGGGAGAAAACUUCCCAUCUGGAAGAGAAAAUUGGAUGACAGUUCAUCCAUGAAUUACGAAGUACGGACAUUCCACAGCACGUCAUCGGCACACAAGCCUCAGGAAGUUACACCCGGCCCAUCGAGAUUCGAUCUUCCGGAAGCGGAUGAUAUCACUCUCGGAGUAUUCUCGGCGUUCGACGACAUCUCGUAUGACACGAAGCUUAUUCAAGCGUCCGAUACGUACAAGAAGGGAAGCUCCGACAAACGUUCGUCGGACGGAGACGGCAAGAACGACAGCGAGGACGAGGAAGAUGAGAGCCACGAGACCGAAAAGGGCUCGAGGGACACGAACUCGGACGAUGAUUGGAGCGUCUCGAAGAGCUCGCAGCGAUCGCAGAACGAGCCACCCGCCAAGCGGGGCCGUUUCGACCUGGAGGAGAAGGAGAACAUGGAGAAGUCAAAUCGGUCCAGCGCGGAGGACUCUCUCAACAAUCACGCGAACAUCAUCAGGGAGGUGUUGAAGAAGUAUCCGCACUUGGUGAAGAACAACAAAAACAUUCGCCUGAAGAUCAUGCAGAAGGAGGCGAAAGUCUCCAAGGACAGCAACACCCCCGUCAAGACGAAGGUAUCCUACGUGGUCAUGAAGUCCGAUCACUUGCUGUCCAGCAACGAGGAGAGCGACUCCAAGUGCAACGGCAACCUCGACGGCGGCGAGACGGGCCCGUGGAAGUGCAACAAGUGCGACCUGGAUGAGGAGUACACAAAUUACUACAUGUACAGGCGGCACAUGCAGGACGUCCACGAGGAGAAGUUCGACCCCAGGGUGUGCGAGCACUGCGGCUACAAGGCCACCAAGCGCAACAUGCUGAUGUACCACCUGUACACGAAGCACAACGUGCCGCCGCCCAAGAGCAUGUACUUCCCGAAAUGCCAGGCCUGCUCGUACGUCGCCCUGUCGGAGACCCUGCUGGUGCGCCACCAGAUCAAUCACGAUCACCGACCGGCCUCGCGCCACCACUCUCUGCUGCCGGAGGAUAUCCGGUGCGCCCAAUGCAAUCAGACGUUCCGGACCUUCACCGAGCUGACCACUCACGAGCUGAACACUCGGCACGGCAGCGGCAAGGAAUCGAACAAGAGCCACCGUUGCCCGUACUGCGGCAAGACCUUCGUACGGCUGACGAACCUGCAGGUGCACCUCGACUGCGUGCACAAGGAGCUGCACAGGGAGAGGGACGCCGAGAGUGCACCGUCGACGCCCGCCAUUCCGCUAGAGCCGUCUUCCGAGGCGGAGGCCCUCAGCCACGUCGCUAGCGGAAUAGCCGCCUCGCUGGGUGUCGGCGACACCGAGACCGUGCCCGAGGCACAAGUGCAGGAAGUCACAAUGGUGAAGGCCACCGGCGACACGCAGUACAUCGUGCCUGGUAUGGACCUGGACGACAUGACGCAUAAUAUGAAUUACACCGAGCACGAGCUGGAGGGCCAGCACAUGAUCAUGCUGGUCAACAACGAGAACUACCAGCACGCCGAGGGCGACCAUCACCAGCAGCCGCAGCAGCUGGACAUCGCCGACAACGAGCAGAUAGUGAUGCAGGGCACCGACGACGGGAUGAUCGUGUACAUCCACGGCGCCGAGGAGGCCAAUCAUCGAUCCUACGAGAGCUACCAGCCGGGCGAGGUCACGCAGGAGACCGAGGAGAUAGUCGAGGAGGUCGUGGAGGAGGUCGAGGAGGAGGUAGUGGAGGAGGAGGAGGAGGAAGAGGAAGAGGAGGAGCUGGAGCUGGAGCAGGAGGUGCCGCAGAACAUGCUGGAGGACGGCGCGAGCAAUCAGGAAGUGGAGGUGAUACAGUACGUCGAGGAGCAGACGGAGAUAGUGGAGUACGACGAGGAUCAGUGCAGCGAGCAGAGCAGCAGCAUGGACGAGUGCCAGGAAUCGGUCAUGAUUAUCGAGGAGGAGCACGUCGAGGGGGAGGAAGUGCCGGAGACGAUGGCCGACAAGCGGCACAAGAAGGUGCGAGCCUUCACCGAGUGGGACGAGGACAGCGCUGGAAUGACCCGAUCAUGAAUACGGUGAUGUCGGAUCCUCUCCUUGCUUGCAAACACGUUUGUUAAUCCUCACCGUGGUCACGUUUUACUUGAAGCGUUCAAAUGAAUUUUCUUUUAAAUUCUCCACUUCUUUAUUCGUGUAAUUGUUUGCUUCUGGAUGACAUCAUGUGAACAUCAUCCAGUGGCCACGUCACGGUGAUAGCUGCACUGAUAUUUCGCUACUUGACAAACUUUCGCUGUUUAGCAGUUAAGGCGACGAAAUUAAUCAAAUCGAUAUCUAGUAGCAGCGAGGCGAUAAUGGCAUAAGUAUUGCAGAUAUUGUACAUGUGAGUAUCGUCGUGCACAUGCAUGUAUCAUGUCGCGUGAGUGUUUCGUUCGAGUAAUAUUCAGUGUACGAAUACGGAAUUCAAAAUUAUCUUUUACAGAGCGCGGCACGACACGGUACGCGUCUCGUGUCUCAGUUUAAUAUUAAGCGAUAAUACGGAGCUUGCACUCGUGAAGAUAUAAAGUUCGUAGCUUCUGAAACUCUCGAGACUCUAUUCUGCCUUUUUUUUAAUAUAUAAAAAGAAAACAUUUAUAGAAAACAUAUAUAUGUAACUCAUGAAAAUAUAUGUUAUACUUGUACUAUGUAAGGAUUUAUAGGUUUAUUUGGUGAGAAUCUAUGUUGUACACCAAAGUAUAUUGGUAACUGAUUUGUAGUUUUUAAUAUCGUUUCCCAAGGCGCGCGCGCACACACACACACACAAUUUGGAAGCAACUCUUGCGAGCAGAUGUUCCUUCCAAAUUCUGCCUGUAAUAAGCUGUUACAGGUGUUACAGUCGAUAAUAAUAAUAAAUCCUCAUCUCUAUGCGACGAUUGCAAUUUGCAGUAAGCCUAAGGUUACAGAUAGAAAUAUUUUUCACUUUGCAAUAAAACUAUGUAUACACAAUUAUAUCGAGGAGCAUGAAUAAACGCGAGAUAAAAAAUCA